GGCCGCCUUAAGGGUGUGGUGAAAAACCACUGUGCCAUCCCACCAAGCUUUGUAGAGGUCGGCUGAAGCGUUACCUCCUUCUUAACUUCACAUCACAGGUUAUAGCUCAUAGCUGCGGUCAUGACGGGAGAGAAAUGUAUUUUUCUCCUACUGGCUGGCAUAGGCGUCACAAUGGCUGUUAAUGCACCUGAUUUUAUCAACAUAGCAGACCUGAACAACAUGCUAGUUUCCGAGAACACCCCUGUUGGUGCGUCCAUUUUCCAGAUCCGUGCGUUGGAUACUGACGGCAACGCCCUGGACUUCUCCAUCAGCGGUGACGCCUUCAGAAUCGUCCCUGCAGGAGUCAACGCACGGGGAGAGACACUGGGGGACCUGGAAGUAGCCAAGAUACUGGACCGCGAGACGAAUCCAGUCGUCAGGUUUGACGUGUCUAUAACGGACGGUCUCGGGGGACACACGAUCACGCACUCUGAUAUUCUCAUCAAUGUCAUUGACUACAAUGACAACUCGCCGCAAUUCCAAGGGACGCCAUAUGAAGCUACAUUGAGUGAGUCAGCGGCAAUUGGUACCUCCAUCAUUACUGUGAGAGCAACCGACAUAGACAGUGGGCAGAACGGCGCUGUUAACUACCAACUGACUUCGCACACCGACACAUUUGAGAUCGGCCAGGUGGAUGGUAUACUGAGUCUUAGAGACAGAACAGCAAUCGAAUCUGAAACACAGACCGCGUAUGCAGUCACCGUCCAGGCAGUGGCCAUCGAGGUGAGGACUGACCGUACGGACACCAACCCGCUGCAAUUCUCCGAGGUGAACGUCGCCGUCCUCGUCAUCGACGCCAACGACAACCUGCCGAGGUUCUACGAUCAAACCUACGACAACGAGGUUACCGAGAGAACAGUGGAGAUCACCGAACACCCUGAAGUCUACACGCCGCUGCCACGUCUGAGGCUCACGGUGUCUGAUAGGGACGCGACACCCAACAACCUUUUCAACCUGACGCUCCUGGAUGAUCCAAAUUCAAUAUUCGACAUCGAGCCGAAGAACGUUGUCGGAGGACAGGCUAUUGUCAACAUUCUGGUCAUGGACCCGUCCGGGGUAGACUUCGAAACAACCGCCCCAAGUCAUCAAAUUCCCAUUAGGGUUCAAGCAACGGAGCAUCUUGCCGACGGAGGAUCUCCAAGGCGGUCCGCUGUAACAGUCAGGGUCAACAUUAAGGACGCUCCGGAAACCGAAGGUCGUGUGUUCAACCUAGAUGUGACAGAAAACGCACCGGUUGGGACGAACGUAGGAACAGCCAAGAGACCCAGUGAAAGUGGAAUCUUCUACUGCCUUGUGGGAGGCAAUACCAACGGAACCUUUGCCGUAGACAAAACCACCGGCGUUGUGACUGUCAACCGGCUGCCACUGGAUCGGGAGCUACAGGCCGUGUAUGACCUGGUCAUCCAGAAGUUAUCAUCGAACACGGCUUGUCCCACUGGACCUACAGCGUACGACCCGAAUGACAACACCCUGAGUAAGGCACUCAUCACCAUAAAUGACCAGAAUGACAACGCUCCCAGGUUUUCGACCAAAGUAUAUUACGCAGGUGUACCAGCGUCCGCCAACUUUAACACACCUGUGGCACGCGUUCAGGCCACAGAUCAAGAUGCUGGAACCAACAGUGACAUCACCUACAGUAUCACUUCUGUACUCUUCACCGCCAAUAGGGACGACAUAACUGGUUCGCCCAGUUCACAGGUAGAUGACGCGUUCCAAGUAGACUCCCAGACGGGACAGAUCCUGACCAACAGACUCUAUGACGACUACCAGAACGGGUACUUCACUGUGAACGUCAGGGCGGAGGACGGCGGAGGCAGGUUUGACGACACUGAAGUCAGGAUACACACCAUACCUCAACGCUUCGGACUUAGUACUGUGCUGGAUGCACCUCCGGAAAGCGUAAGACCGAACAUAGAAGAAUGUUUACAACGCCUGGAAGACCAAACCGGUUACAGGGUUAUCUACGAGGGCCUGCAGUAUAACACAGACAGCCAGGGAAACAUAAACAGGCAACAGUCUCAAGUACUCUACUAUCUCAUCGACAAGACUACAGAUUUGGUUCUCACCGACACUGAAGGACUAAGAGUUAUUGAAGGUGUGGAUCGAGAUCGCCUGCUGGCUGACUGCCAAAUUGUCGGUGCAAGGUCUGCCCAAGUGAAGAGUGACUACGCCGGGUUCAGUAACUGGGAGGCGUUCCUGAUCGCCCUGGCCGCGCUGCUGCUGCUGGGGCUACUACUGCUGCUCUGUCUGCUGUGUUACUGCCGAUACUGGUACAGAAAGGCUACGCUUUUAAUACACAGCUCGCCAUCAUGGCAUGUAGAUGCAGUUAUGUUGGCCGGGCGUUGGUUUGUUGUGCUGUUCACAUGCAUAGGUGUAACAGUGAGUGUCCAGCCUCCUGAGUUCCUAAACGUUGAAACAGAACUGAACGGCAAACAGAUCUCAGAAAAUACUCCAGUUGGUACAUCCAUUUUCCAAGUCCGCGCUAGCGAUCCAGACGGAAAUGCUUUGAAUUUUUUCAUCAGCGGCGACACCUUCAGCAUUACUGAUGCAGGAGUAAAUUCCAGGCAGGAAAGUCUCGGAGACAUCAGGGUGCUCAAAAUUUUGGAUCGUGAGACGAACCCUAUUGUCACGUUUUCACUGACAAUACGUGACGGCAUUGGAGGACAUGAGAUCACCUACAACGACAUUCACGUCAACAUCGUUGAUUACAACGACAACUCACCACAGUUCCAAAACACGCCGUAUGAGACCAGUGUCAGUGAGAGUGCAGAAAUUGGGACAUCCAUAUUUCAAGUUUCGGCAACUGACGUGGACAGUGGAGCCAAUGGUGCCAUCAACUUCCAUCUAACUUCGAACAUGAAUUCCUUUGAUAUCGAUUCGGUGAGUGGAUGGAUUACACUGAAGGACAAGACGGACAUUGAAUCGGAGACUGAAACAGCGUAUGCUGUCACUGUGCAAGCAACUGACGGCGGAACACCAUCCCUGUCCACAUCAGUGGACGUGUUUGUGGCAGUUGAUGAUGUACAGAACAGACCUCCUAUCUGGCUUGGGGAGCCUUAUGACGUGUCCAUCAAGGAAGGAGAUCAGAACAGUCGAGCGGGCGCGACCGUUCUUACUCUUCAGGGUAGAGAUGGCGACAGAUCACAAACAAAUACCGUCCGGUACGAGCUUGUUGGAGGAGAUCCCUCAAACUAUUUCAACAUCGGUAGCACCAACGGAAGGCUGACGCUGAACCAAGACCUGGACAGGGAGGCUCCUGGCAUAUUCUCCAUCACCACACCUGGAGUCUUCCUUCUGCGAAUAAAGGGAACUGAGUACAAACCAGAUGGAACGGUUUCGAGCCCGGAGCAAUCCAGUGAAGUCGUCGUCGUUGUCCGUGUUACGGACGCCAACGACAACCUUCCCGAGUUCAACCAAGCAGGUUACAAUGUGGAAAUCACCGAGAACCCUGCCGUGGACACACCACUUCCCCGUUUAAGAAUGACAGUAUCUGACAAGGACUCACUGCCCAACAACUUGUUUAACCUGAGUGUCAUCAAUGAUCCAAACAAUGUCUUCGACAUCGAACCCAAAGUUGUACUUAGAGGACAGGCCAUCGUCAACCUGCUAGUCAACGAUCCAUCCAAGUUGGAUUUUGAGACAACGCCGAAUCAUCAAAUUGCAGUUAGAGUUCAGGCGACUGAGUUUCUACCUGAUGGUGGAACCCCUCAACAGACGUCUGUACCUGUCGUUAUCAACAUUAAAGACGCUCAAGAGAGUAACAACCGAGUCUUUAACCUGGAUGUGACUGAGAACUCCUCUCCUGGCACCAAUGUUGGGACAGUCAGAAGGGACGGUGAAACAGGUGUAGACUACUGUAUUGUAGGUGGCAACACAAACAACACGUUUGCCGUGGACAAGUCCACUGGUUUGGUGACAGUGGUGGGUCAGCCAGAUAGGGAGAUAAAGGCACUAUACGAGAUUGUCAUCAAGAAAGUACCAACGGGUUCGAGUUGUCCGUCGGGACCGAUUGCAUUCGACACUAGUGAUGCUACCCUGAGUAAUGCUCUCAUCACUAUCAAUGACAUGAACGACAACAACCCAACAUUUCCGACAAAGGUUUACUACGCAGGAAUACCAGCUGACGCGACGUUCGACAGACCUAUAACUCAGGUCCAGGCCUUCGACGCCGAUGCAGGAGUUAACAGUGACGUCUCGUACAGCAUUACGUCAGCUGAGUUUAUUGCCAACAGGAAUGACAUAACGGGUGAACAGAGUAGACCAGUUCCUAACGCAUUUCUGGUGGAUUCCAAAACGGGGCAACUUCGAACCAACCAGCUCUUCACUGACUAUCAGAAUGGUUACUUCACAGCGAAUGUUCGAGCUAGGGACGGCGCUGGCAGAACUGACGAUACGGAAGUCAGGGCAUACACAUUGCCUACACAGCACGGACUGAGUACAGUCUUUGAUGCUAGUCCGGAUACACUGAAGCCACCGAGGAUACACGAAUGUCUUAGGCGCCUCGAGGAGCAAACGGGACGGAAGGUGAUAUAUCAGGGGCUGCAGUAUGGCACAACCAGCCAGGGGAACGUCAACAAACAACAGUCUCAAGCGCGUUACUACCUUAUUGAUGAGGACACAAACAUGGUACUGACUGCCUCAGAGGGGAAAAAAAUCGUUGAUGGAGUGGACUGGAACACGCUUCGACCAGAAUGCCCAGUACCGGCUGGAACACGCAGUGCCCAAACUGGCAGUGCGUAUGAGGGGUUCAGUAAUUGGGAGGCCUUCAUGAUCGCCCUGGCAGCCCUACUACUCUUGGCCCUCCUUCUUCUGCUGUGCCUCCUCUGCUACUGCAGACACUGGUACAAGAAGAAGAUGCAAAGUAAAUUGUUAGUGGAACCAGUACCAGAGCCCGCACCAGAAGACAACUUCAAUCCAGUCUUCACAGAAAAGCAAGAACUAGAAACGCAGCUUGCUAUUAUGGACUUUGGGCACGAUGUCCCCAAAGUCCUCAGCGAUGACCUCAACGCCCAUGGAGUAACCUUCGCGUCCACCACGAAAACACAACAAGCUAUCGGCUACCAUGAGUACAUCAGUACACGUAUUCCGCCUCAAGAAGUAGGCCACCAUAACCCUGCCUUCACAAUGGAGGAUCAGCAGCGCUCCACUGAAGAUGAGCCGGUACACACCACGCUCUUUACCCGCGACCCCCGAGGGACCUCUACCGGUUACACUACCGGAGCCUCCGACGGAGAGGUUGUCUCUACCACGGUCUUCUCCAAGCAGCCGGAUAUGAACAACACCAACAUCAGUCACCCUGUGUAUGACGGAACCUACUACGAGCAUGAGCAAAGCAGUCGAAUUUAGAUAAAAACAUAACGAAGAGGUGGCGCUGAGAAGUUGAAAAUUGCUGUUACGUUCUUUUGCAAAGAUUGGUCGGUAAAUAGAAAAUCAAUUUACUGAGUUUAGAUAUUGACCUUUUGUUACUAAACGGGAGGUUUUAAGUAAUUGGAUCAGUUUACAAUCAUAGGAACUAUAUUGUGGUGAAAAGAACCGGUCUUAGAA